AUGAGAGAGGUUGCGCUUUUGGCUUUAAUGAGAGGAGUUUCCAAUACAUCUAGAGUUCUCGGUCUAGAAGAAAAGCAAGUUCAAGAAUGAAUAAGACAAAUCGGAAACGAUGACCCUUUUUUUGAUGCUCUUCGUGGCUUGCUCUAUGAAAGUAUCAAACAAUCUGGGAUUGAAGGAACAUCCAAAACUUUCAAAGUUGCAGUCCCCACCUUAGAGAAGCUCCAGCUUUAUUUCGAAAAUAAUUCAGGAUGUCCUCCACUUAUUACUCCUGACUAUGCUAAAGCCUAUCCUGUAGACAAUAAAAAUGCGCAUGAAACUGCAUCAAAUUAUUACUCAACUCCCUAUCGACCAAGAUCAGAAGAUUUAAAAGCUAAAAAAAACGAAGAUGACAUGGAUAUAGAAAAAGAAACAAUCACCACCUUACCCCCUGCUAUAAAACCUGUAAAAGUUAUAGAAAUAAAAAGUGCUGUCAUGAAGCAGCCAAAUAAUGAAAUAAAAAGACCUGAAAGAAACGCAUUUUUAAUAUCAGAAGACGAUUUAUUAGAAGAAUGAUUCGCAGAAGAUGAUGUUGGAAUUUUUGAAGACAUGGAAGAAGAAAUACAAGACAUCGAGGAAGAAAAUGACUCCAGCUCAGAAGAGGAAGAAAUGAUGAAUACUCAAGGAUUUUUAAGCACAAUUAAAACAGAUUUUAAGGCUGAAAAAGAUUCUAUUGAUGCAGCAACCAAGCUAAUGCUUGUAGGAGAAGCUUUGAAAGAAGGAGGAGGGAAGUUUGCAGCAACUGCGAAUAGAUAUGGAGUAAAUCGGAAGCAACUGAGGAGAUGGGUGCUAACAUUUCAGACUAAUGGAAAUGUUUUUCCGACGUUGCUAAAAGGAAAAGCGGCUUCAGAAACUUUGCAAGCGGUUGCAAAAGAUUUCACUGAUUCUGAAGGAGAAAUCUCAGUUUUAUAA